AUUCCAACAUCACCUCAACUCUUCGCGCGAAUCGAAGAAUUCAUAGGACUUCGAAACGAAAAUGACGGGAGCUCAGGUGCUGACAUGUCCAUAAGGUCAUGGGGCGGUCAAUCCGGAAAGCCGUGGAAUUGGAGGGCUGAAUGUGGAAUAAGUCAAAUUAUUAUCCGUCAUGGCGGCGUUAUAGACUCAAUCAUGUGCAAAGGUCAUGCCGAGCAGGCUACCACCAAAAGGUUUGGAGGAAAGGGUGGUGACAAAACCGAAUUCAUUGAUAUCGAUUAUCCGAACGAGUUUCUGACGGGCAUAAGUGGGACCGUGGGACAUUACGGAAACAGUGAAAAUGUAGUGACUUCCAUUGAAAUAAUCACAAACCGAUUCAAAUACGGGCCUUUUGGGAAGCAAGUUGGCACACAAUUUAGCUUCCAUGCGGAGAAUGGAGUGGUUAUAGGCUUUCAUGGUCGAGCGGACUCAUACAUGAACGCCAUUGGUGUAUACCUUAGGAUGGUGUCAGUGAAGAAGGAAUGGGAAUUCGAUAAGGUGGCCAUGAAGAAGGAAUCGAAAAUCAUUAAAUUACCGAUUCCUUUGCCACGAAGCCCCGGACCUUGGGGCAACGUGGAAGGAGGCAAACCAUGGGAUGAUGGAGUCUUCUCCAAAGUCAAGGAAGUCAACCUUCACUUAUGUCUCCUUAAAAAUAUCAUAUGUGGUGUCCAGUUUCUUUACGAGAGGAGGAAUGGUUGCGACGUUCUUUCUCGUUUGCAUGGUAGCUUGUAUGGCGGAAGAAUUGAAAAGCUUAAGUUGGGCGACGAUGAUUUUGUGGUUGGCGUGGAAGUUUUUUACGGGCCAAUUGAGGGGGUCGAUGCAAUUAAAUCGCUCAAGUUUAAUACGAAGAAGAAGGAAUGGGGUCCUUUUGGUAUGGAGGUUGGGAGAUAUUUCAACUCGAAUAUGGGUAGCAAUGGAGUGGCAAACGAGUAUUGGAGCUCAGGUGAAGAGAUAUCCGUAAGGUCAUGGGGGGGCCAAUUAGGAAAGCCUUGGAAUUGGAGGGCUAAAUUUGGAAUAAGGCAAAUUAUUAUCAGUCAUGGCGAUAUAAUUGACUCGAUCGUGUUCAAAGACCAUGCCGAGGCUACCACCAAACGUUUUGGAGGAAAGGGUGGUGAUAUAACUGACACCAUUGAUAUCGAUUAUCCAUACGAGUUUGUUACGGGCGUAAGUGGGAGUGUGGGACAUUACUACGACAAUGGAAAAGUAGUGACUUCCCUUAAAAUAAUUACGAAUCGUUGCAAAUACGGACAUUUUGGGAAGGAAGUUGGCACGUACUUUAGUUUCCAUGCCGAGAAUGGAGUGAUCAUAGGGUUUCAUGGGCGGGCAGACUCGUACAUUAACGCCAUUGGUGUCUACGUUAGGAAAAUAAAGUUGCCAAUUAUGGAAUCGGACAAUGUGGAUGGAGGCAAACAAUCUGAUCGAGAAUAUGAAAUAGUCUGA